AUGAAGCCCCUCUUACCCGUCCUCGCCGUCGCCCUGCUGCUCAUGGCACCGCGCUCCCUCUCCGCUCCGGUCCCAGCACCAGAGGCCGCCGCCACGCCCGCCAACGCAGCCCCGGCCAAGCCAUCACCACCGCCAGAGUUCAUCGCGCUCGACCCGCUCUCGGGCGACCUGUGCGUCGAGCACCGCGAGGGCCUCCGCAAGACGGGGCAGAAGGCACUCGACCCCGGUCUGGCGGGCACGCUUGGCCGGUGCCAUGUCUAUGCGGAAUAG